AUGACCAACACUGCUGCCUUCACGUCCUCGGGGUCGCGCGUCUUCGUUUCGACGUCCAAAACCGUCGCGUCGUCUAAAAGAACGAUCGUUCGAAGUUCUUUACAACAACAACAUAAACAACAACAACAACAAAAAUCAUCAUCAUCGGUCGCGUUAUCGUCGUCGACGUUUCAGCACUCAUCAUCAUCAUCAUCAUCAUCAUCGUCCAAAAGAGCAUUGUCGUCAAAAACGGGACCAAACGUCGUCGUUCGCGCGGAAGGCGGCGAUGGACAAGAGGCGGCGCCAGCCACGGCGGCUCCAGCAGCUUCCCCGAAAACGCAAGUCCCGGAGUCGUACAUCAAACUUCUCUCGUUCUCCGACUUACCGAGAGGCGACCGAAAGAAAAUCGACGCUUUGGGGAAGUCUAUUUUACUCUUUUGGUACAGAGAUACGAUUUGCGCGAUUGAGUCGAGAUCACCAUCAGAAGGCGCGUAUUCCGAGGGGUUUGAGAGAGCUCGAUUGACGCAAGACGCGUGCAUCGAGUGCCCGACGACAAAAACGACGUUUGACUUGAAAACCGGGGAGAUUAAAGCCUGGUAUCCGGAUAAUCCAGUGUUGGCGAAAUUAACGCCGCAGGAGACGUGUAGAAAUAUGGAAGUGUUUCCAGUCGUGGUCGCGGAAGAGGAGGAUGCGAUUUACGUUGGCGUGAAAGAUGGGAGUUUAGGUCCAGGGUUUGUCUCGCAAUCCUUUAAAGGUGGGUCGGACACGAGUUUGGAGAACAACAACGUUUUCGGCAUCGAGCCGAGAAUGUACACGGAGGAUGGACAGGUAUUGGAGGAUGCGAGCUCGAGUGGAUCAGCAAAGUUAGAUCCGGGGACAGUAGCCGUGAGCAUCGCAGGUGUGGCGGCGUUGGCGGUUGGCGGAACCGCGACGUGCUUGUAUUUUGAAAACUACGUGCUUUUGGGUAUCUUUUGGAUCGCCGGGUUCGCAGCCGCGGCGAAGGUGGCGUUGGACGUGACCGGCGUUGAUAUUUCCGAAUUGACUAAAGGUGAUUAA